GGGUCGCAUUCUAGCAUGCAAAUCAGCUGCUACAAAUGGAGGUCGACGACCUUGAGCCCCUGAAAAUUUCGAGCUCGCACGUGGCAACAUUUUAUUUGAAACCUCCACAGAAUGUAAUCACAACGUCAGCAACUACUUCAGUCUCGAUUCAACGAUGUUCAAAACGGAAUUGAUGCCUCACCUUUCCUUAUGGAUGAGCCUUUUCGGCAUUUCCGCUGCAUCAAAUCACGCCGGCCUCGCGUGCGUCAGGACUAGCUUUGUCGAUGAUGGAAAAUGUUACGCUUUGAAGUUUACCCUCUCGAAGCUUGUGCCAUUACCUGAAGGGAUACCCUGCGCCGUUUAUUGCAGAUCGGAAGCCAACAUCUUUGAUGUGUGGUAUCAAGCGAUGAAGAAACUCCCAAAUUCCCGUCCUUUUGUCUGCAGCACUGGAUGGGAGCUUAUUGAGUGGUCUUCAUGGACGCCGGACGAGACUUUCAAGGGCAACCCCUCAUCCACUGACUGGCCAAUUGAGUUUCAAGCUCAAUCAACCACACCUGAGGAAAGCCAGUUGAUCAAGCAUAAGCGGGGUGUGGAAGACCAUUGCACGACUCGAAACCCGCAGCAGCAGCUCGUACGCAACAAAGUGGUGUUGAUGGCUGGUUUCACGUAUCAUCUCAUCUUGUCCAUGAAUAGCAUCAACACGCUGCGGAACGCCGUCUUUGAGCAAAUGAGAACCCUGUCUGGCAGGUUUGGAUACGCCCCUUUUGUACAAGAUGCAGAAUCACAAUCGCCAACCAGACCAACAGAAUCCUCCAGUCAUGAACUUCAGCCAAGCGAAGCAGGAUCGGGAAUGUGCAUCUCUCCAGCGGAAGGCACAAACACGAAAUCGAAAAGCUUGGCUCGACUGAAGUGGACCACGUGUGAGUGCUUGUUGUCAUUGGAAUUCGAUCUUUUGCUGCUGCAAGGGCCCCCUGGUACUCAGCCUGAAGAUGAUGCUAUCAUCAACUCAGUGUGUGCUUUCGAAGACUUUGCGAGAGACAUUGCAAAGUUGCCGCGCGAUUGGCAAUUGAAAGAACGGUCCAUCCAAUCCGCCUUUGGCUCACAGGGAAAUGGAUUUGAUUGCAGCCUCGAGGAGUCAGUGAGGCAAGACUCAAGUGAUUUGUGCCUAGUAAGCGAAAUGCUUUGGCAGGAUUCCACCUGGAAACUCGUGUCAUGCACAAUGUCUGAAAAGCUUCGAUUGGCAAAACUAGCCAGAGCCGUAGAAACUGCCAGGGCAAAGUUCAUCAGGCACUUCUAUCCCGACCCCACUGAUCAAUGCAGGAAUCCAAGGAGAGCGAGAGGACUUUGGUAGGAAGGAUAGAUGGCUCUAUUGGUUCUCUAUGGCACAGCCAUGGGCAUGGCCAGUGUCUUUGUGCUUUCAAUUUCAAUCUAGUCUGCUUCGUACUCUUAGAUUCUCUUUCUGCGACGAACCCUUCCAAUACUAGAAGCUCACACGAGCAGCAGUGGUU